AUGGGGGCCCCCACUGCUGGAACUGCUGCGGUGCCUGCUGCUGCUGCGGUCCCUGCUGCUGCUGAUGUCCCUGCUGUGGCUGGUGCUGCUGCGACUGCUGCUGCUGGGGUCCAACACCCCCACUGGUCGGGCCACCGCCAAUGGGCGGGCCUGUCUGUCCUGCACCUCCUCCAAGGCCCCCUCCUUCCGGUGCACCUCCUCCGCCGCCACCGCCGCCGCCGCCUCCACCACCGCCGCUCCCACCUCCACCGCCACCUCCACCGCCGCCUCCACCGCCUCCACCUCCCCCCUUCCCGCCCUUCUUGCUACUCUUGCCCCGUUUCUGCCACUGGCACUCCGCGGCGGCAGUUGCGGAAGGCGCAGCCAGCAGUGACACCAAACGCCACGCUCGUCCUGCUUGCGAACAACACGUUCGGCGCUAAAUGCCUCGACGGAAGCUGGUCUGCGACGUCUUCCCUCCUCGCUGACUCCCCGUCGCACUCUUCCGCCCUCCCGUCACCCCCCUCGCCAUGUCCCCGCGUGCACACAGUGGCGACGCGCCGUGGGCUCUCUGGCAGCUCAGCCACCCGCGGGAGUUGCCGCCACGCGGAGCAGCUGGUCGGCGCAGCCGCCACUUCCGCCUUCCAGCGCCUUCGACCCGCCCAGAAACCUCAAACACCCCGUUCCCUUACCUUUCCCCUCUACCUCGGCCCGCGCAGUCCCCCCGGGUACUACUUCCGCCCAGGCGCGGCAACGGGCCGUCUCCGGUGGCACAUCUACCUGCCCGGAGGCGCGUGGUGCGUCACCCCCGCCGACUGCGCCGCCAGAGCCGGCACGCGCCUGGGGUCAAGCAAGAGCUUCCCCGCCAACCCCGCGCACUAUGCGGCGCAGCUGAGGCCGCCGUUCGAGGGCAUUCUGUCGGGCAGCGCGCAGCAGAACCCCGCGAUGUACCAGUGGAACCUCGUGCGCCUCAUCUACUGCGAUGGGGGCGGGUACGCCGGCACCAGGGGUGCGCUCAACGUCUCUGCUGCUGCUGCUGUCCCUCCGAACGCAAGCGCCGCUGCCAACUCAACGAGCCCUUCCAAUUCCACCAAGUCAACCAAGUCAACCGGGUCAACGAAGUCAUCCGCAUCCACGACGUCAGCCAUUUACCUGGACGGGUGGAACAUCAUUCAGGCCGUGAUUCAAGGUGCGCCACCCGCUCGCCCACUCCACUGUGCUCUGCGUGUGCCCCCUUUGCUGUCUGCAGUGCACGCGGUGUCUUCAACCUCAUACUGCCAUGGCACCAGCCACUCACCACUAGGUCCCCAUUUCCCGCUCUCCCUUUCGCCCCUCCUUGACCUCGUCCGGCCUCUCCCCUCCUCUCACCUAUAUCGUUUCGUCUCGCCUCGCUCGUCUCAGUGCUGCCUGCUCUCCAUCCCUUGGCACUCCAACCCCACCCUCCCUCUCUCUCCCCGCCUGUCCCCUUGCACUCUUUACCUCGUUCUCGCCGCCUUGCCUCUUCACAUCCUCUCCUUCUCGCCCGCCUCGCCGCCUUGCCUCUGCCCCUCCUGCCAUGCAGACCUCGUUCAGAAGCGUGACAUGCGCUCAGCCUCACAGAUUCUUCUUUCAGGCAGCUCAGCAGGAGGGCAGGCGACAGUGAACCUCUGUGAUUGGCUGGCGUCGUCCUUCCCAUCUGCCUCCACGCGCUGCCUCGUUGACUCGGGCUUCUUCCUUGACACACGUGACCGCGCUAUGAACUACACCUUUCGCUCGCUGGCUCAGAACCUCACCGCACUGCACCGCCCCUCCAACCCCACCUGCCCCUAUGGUACCUCAUCUGCUCCCAUGCUACCUCAUCUGCUCCCAUGCUACCUCAUCUGCCCCCAUGCUACCUCAUCUGCCCCCAUGCUACCUCAUCUGCCCCCAUGCUACCUCAUCUGCCCCCAUGCUACCUCAUCUGCCCCCAUGCUACCUCAUCUGCCCCCAUGCUACCUCAUCUGCUCCCAUGCUACCUCAUCUGCCCCCAUGCUACCUCAUCUGCCCCCAUGCUACCUCAUCUGCCCCCAUGCUACCUCAUCUGCCCCCAUGCUACCUCAUCUGCCCCCAUGCUACCUCAUCUGCCCCCAUGCUACCUCAUCUGCCCCAUGCUACCUCAUCUGCCCCCAUGCUACCUCAUCUGCCCCCAUGCUACCUCAUCUGCCCCCAUGCUACCUCAUCUGCCCCCAUGCUACCUCAUCUGCCCCCAUGCUACCUCAUCUGCCCCCAUGCUACCUCAUCUGCCCCCAUGCUACCUCAUCUGCCCCCAUGCUACCUCAUCUGCCCCCAUGCUACCUCAUCUGCCCCCAUGCUACCUCAUCUGCCCCCAUGCUACCUCAUCUGCCCCCAUGCUACCUCAUCUGCCCCCAUGCUACCUCAUCUGCCCCCAUGCUACCUCACCUGCCCAGACCCCCCUGCCUCGCCCCCUUCUCCCCCCUCCCCCAACACAGCAGCGAGGCCGGCACAGCAGUGGCGGUGCUUCUUCCCGCAGUACACUCUUCACAACACCUCCACACCGCUCUUCCUCUUCCACACGCCCUUUGA